AUGUUUAGAUCUCUGAUCAUUGUUACUAUAAUGUUGGUUAAAAAUAUUUACACACAAGAUAUUAUUGGAACCUCUUGCAUCCUUGAGUCUCCAAACUAUCCAGGGAUUUGCAAACUCUUAAUACAAUGCAAGGAGAUUCGAGAUGAAGUAGUCUUCCACCAAAAACUGCCUCAAACUUGUGGCUUCGAAGAAACCCAACCCAUAGUCUGUUGCCCAAAGCCUCGUCGACCAGGUUACAUGAGCGAAAGUAAAUGUAGAGAAUAUGCUACGUACACAAAAGAGAAACCAUUAUGUGGACACAGUAUUGUAAAACGCGUCGUUGGAGGAAUUCCAGCUGGAAAAACACAGUUUCCUCAUAUGGCGCUACUGGGAUAUCGGAUUCUGUCCCGUUACAGUGUUCAGUGGUUAUGUGGAGGAUCGCUUAUCAGCGAACAAUAUAUUUUGACAUCGGGAUCUUGUAUGUAUACGGAACAGUAA